AUGGACGAAGAUGAAUAGAUAGAUUAGACAUUGGUCACAUUUGGUUCAAUAAUUGCAAUAUCAGAUUUUGUUGAUCAAAAUGCAUUCUUAUUUUCUGAUGGAUUUUUAAAACCAGAAGUAUUUUUAAAAAACUUUGUACAUAAAGAAUAAAAAAAGUAUAAAAGAAUAAUAUAAAAGAAAAACAUUUGAUGGCUUAGAUAAUGAUUCUUUUUACAAAUGCUUAUUUUAAGUAUUACCUAGGGUUUCUGAUACAGUUAAGACUCGUAUUUUAUAAGAUAAUAAUGUAACUGAUAUUAAGUCUGGAGAAAAGGAUAAUAAAGAUGUAAAAAUAAUAAAUUUGAAAUUUAGGAUAAGAUGAAAAUGCCAACAUAAAGAAUGAAUGAAGAGCUAAGUUAAUUAAUGAAUGAGUAUAAACAAAAUAUUGAUGCAAUUGAUAAAUCAAGAUGUUAAAAAUUAACAUAUCAUUAACCUUUUUAAUUAUUACAUAUAGCAAGUGGUAGAUUUUUAGCCUGUCAUGAUAAUGAAGCAUAAUUAGAAAAUCAAAAUUAUUUGAUAAAAUUAGAUGAUUUUUCAAGUGAUUACACAGUAUUUAAAAUAGUACCUGCAUAUAUGUAUUAAAGUCAUGGUGAAUAAGAUGUAAAUGCAGGUGAAAUGUGUGCAAUAACAAGAGCUAUGCCAAUUUCAAAUAGAUUUGCCUUUAUUAAUUGUUCAUUGUUAGAGAUUUCAGAAAUAAAAGGUAAUGCUUCUUAAAAAUCGGAACAUAUAUAAAAGAGAGAAAUAAAUGCUAGUGUUGAAUAAUCUCAUUCUUGGAAAAUAGUUUUGUUUUAAUAAUACAUUUCUGAAAAUUCUAGAAAUCUAAGAGUAGGAGAUUGUAUAUGGCUUUAUCAUAGUGAAGCUGAAGCUACACUUUCAGUGUAAAAGCAUAAAGAAGCAGUAGAUAAAGCAAAUUUUACAUUCUAUCAUCUAUCUGAAUGGUUAUCUAUUAAUAAUUUAUAUGUUGCUAUUGCAAAGUCUUAAACAGAGAGUGCUUAAGGAUAUUAAGGUAGUACAAAUGGAUUAUGGUAAAUUGAAGGAGAAGAAUUCCUUUAAGGAGGAUUUGUUAAAUAUGAGGCUGGAUAUAGAUUAAAGAAUGUAACAACUGGAUAUUAUUUAAGUGUUUCAGAAAUUUAAGGAGAUAAAAAUAAUAAAUAAAAUAAAAAGUAAUAAUAUAAAUAUCGUCUUACUUAAGAACUUGAUAAAUCAACUAUUUUCACUUUUGUGGAUCUUAAAACACAACCUAAUUAAAAAUAUUUAAAAGGAGGAAGUUAUACUUAUUUAUAAAAUAGAUAAAGUUAAAAUUGGAUGGAUUUUUAAAGUGAUAAAUAAAAUCAUGAAUAUAUUCCAAUAUUAAAAGCACCUAAUGAAAAAACUGAACAUGCUGUAUUUAAAAUUCAUAUGGCUACUAAAAAUGAAGUUUGGGAAAUCUAAUUCUUAUAAUCUUGUUUUAGAAGAUUAGCUAAAUUUGUUAUCUAAAUUUAAGAUCCAAAAUAUCCUGGAAUUGAUAACUUCUCUUCUAAAAGGAAAUGGUUUGGUGUAUUUUAAUAAUUAAAAAGUUGUAUUGCAGAAUUAGAAAAUUUUGUUAAUAAUAAAUCUUAUACAACAUCUGCAGAAUAAUAAUUUGGAGCUAUCAAUCAAUAUAGAUAAAAAUUAAUGAGAGAAUAAUUUUAUAUUGAUAUUUUAAUCAAAAUUUUAGAAAGAAUUAUUACUAAAGGAGAAUUAGAAUUUUAUUAAAAGAUUGAAAUUGAUGCAGAAAAAAAUGAUAGAUAAUAAAAAAAUAUUUUUUAAGUUGAAAGUAAUAUAAUUUUUGAAGAUAAAGCUUUGAUGAUGCAUGAAUAUAAAACAGAAAAUACAUUAAAAACAUAAUAUUAUAAUUAUGUUAAAUCUAAAGUUGAAUUAAUUGAUUAAAUCUAUUAAUUUUUAGGAUCUGUAUGUAAAUUAAAUAAAGAGAAUCAAAUUUAUACUUAUGAUUUAAUACCUUAUUUUUAAUUACAUACAAAAUAUUUACCAAAAGCAAUUGAAGCUGUUAUUAAUAUUGUAGCUAAUAAUAAAUAUUUAUUAUUUAAAUUAAGUGAAGACAUUAAAAUUGAAUUCUAUGAAGAAAAUGAAAAUGAAAAUGACUAAAUAAAAAUAUUAAUUAACUUAUAUUAAUUUGAUGAUAAAGAAGAUUAAAUAGAGAUAAAAUAACAUGAAAAAAUAAUGAAAAAACCUGUUCCUUUAAUUGAAUAUUUUAUAAACUUAUUAUGGGAUGAUGAAGCUAAAAAUAAUUCUUAUUAUUUGAAAUUUUUAAGAAAUAUAUGUAGUCAUUCAGAAUCACCAAUAUAAAUAAAUUAAGAAAAUAUAUUUAAAUUAUACAAAAAAAAUAAUACAAAAUAACCAAAAUUGGGAGUUGAAACAAAAGCUGAAGAAAGUAAAAGUAAUGAUGGUACUGUAAGAUUAACAUCAAAAGCUGGUUAGUUAAUUAUUCCAUAAGAUUGUGAUAUUAGAGAUGUAAAUAAAAGUUCAAGGGAUAAAUUUAUGUAUAUUAUUGAACAAAUCACUUUUUUUUCAGAAGUUGCAUUAGGAAGAAAUUAUUCUUGGAAGAAUGAAUUAGGUGCUUAAUUUGAAAAAUCUUUUUUGUUUAGAAAUAUUUGGUUUAAAAAUCCUAUUGACUCUAAAUAUUUAGAUUUAUAACCUGGCUUUGCUAGAUUAGCAUUAACAUUAUAUAUAGAUUAAGAACCUUUAAGAAUAAAGAGAGCACCUAUUAUGUGUUAAUUAUUUAGUGAAUGUGAUAAACCAAAAGAUUAUAUUCUUUUUAAGAGUUCAACAAAUGCUGGAUCUUCAAAUGUUUAGGAAUUGAAUACAUAUAAAGAUCUAGUUUAGAAUUUAAUGAAUUAUGUUAAUGAGAAAGGAGAUGAAAUAUAUUAAGUAAUGUGUCCUGCACCUAAUAAUUAAGGUGGUGAUGAAAGAGAUUCUAAAAGGAAUUAAAAUUAAUAAGGUUUUGAUUUUUUAAAAGAAGAAUUGAUUUUAAAUACUAUGAGGAUUUUGGAUAAGAUUAUGAAAUUGAAUUUAAUUUGGGUUUUAGAUUAUUCAUUAGGAGAUACAUUAUAAACUAAUUUAAGACCAUAAAUGUUCAUUUAAUCAAUGGUUAAAUCUUGUUUAGAUAUAUUUACAUAUGAAAAAUAUGAACUUAAUUUAAUUUAAGCUCAUUGUUAAACAGAAAGACAAAAAGUUUAAUAAAAAUUAUAAGAUAAAUAAAAUAUUCAUAAGUUAAGUGCACCAAAUUUUAUGAAUCUAUUGAAAAAAAAAAAUAAAGAAGAAGAUGAUAAUGAAGAAUAAAGAGGAGAAAGUUAAACAUCUAAUGAUUAAAAUACAUAUUUAAAUCCUGUUAUGAGAGGAUAUUUAAAAUUAGCUUCAAUUAUGUAAACAAUGAAUUUUUUGGAUCCUAAAUUUGUUGAAAAUGAAGUUUAAUUAAAAAUUAAGAUAUGUGAUUUUAUGGAAUAUUUAUUAGAUCUAAGAUAAGAUUUUAUGAUGUAAAAUUGUAUUGUAUUUUUUAAAAUAUAUGUUUUAUAAGGAGAUCAUAUUGAAAAUAAUCCUGUUGCUUAUAGUGAGUAUUUAAAAAAAGAAAAUAAAAAAAAGCCUCCUGGUCAUAGAAAAAAAUACGAAGAAUUAAAUUAAAGACAAAAAAAUCUAUUAAUUAUUUAAAGAUUGUUAAAAAAUCAUGCAUAAGGAUUACUUCCAAAUUUAGCUUAAACUGGCAUAAAAGAGAUUGAUGAACCUGUAAAAGAAGAAAUAAGUUUAACAUCAUUUACCAAAAAUUUAAUGAAAAUAAAUAAAUAAGAAGAAAAGCCAAAAACCAGAUUUUAUAAUUAUAUCAAUAAUCCUAAAAUUCCAGAAAUUUUAGAUUUAGAUUAAUAUUUAAGUUUAGCAUUAGGUGAUUUGAAUCCAAAUGAUUAACCAGUGGCAAGUUUGUUACCAACAUUUUUACAUACAUUUUAUCAUGUAAAAGAUAAAGAACUUGAAAAAAGAUGUCUUUAAUUGUUAUUAAGAUUAUUUACAUAAAAAGAAGAAUUUAAAAGAAAUAUGUUAAAUAUGUAAGUAAUUUUUGAUACUGAAAAGACAAUAUUACAUAAAUAUAUAACAAUGAAUUUGGAAAAAUUCUAAACUUUAAAUGAUCGUUUAGAUUCAUGGAUGUCUAGUUAUAUAUUUGAAGAUCGAAUUAAUGUUGAUUUUCAAUAGGCAUAGAAAUACUUAACAAGUUUUUAUCAUGGAUUAAAAAGUGAAAUAAAAUUAGAGGAUAACGAAUUAAUUUCAACAUUAGAUGUGAUUGAUCCUAAGAAAUAAUAAUUGUAUGCAAAUUUAGGAGCACAUAUUGCAGUAGUUAAUUUAUUGCCUAAUGGUUUAAGAUAUAUUCAUGAAUAUAUUAUGGAUAGAGAAUUAGAAGAAGAUAAAAAAAUUGUUAUGAUUGAUUUUUUUAGACUUGCUUUUGAAGUUCUUAAAAACUUUUGUUUUAAUAAUAAUGAAAAUUAAAUUAUACUUUAUGAAUAUUUAAAUUUUUUUAGACAUAUGUAAUAUGAUCUAGGUUAAUUAGAAUUAAUUGAAGCUAUAUUUUAAAAUAAUAAGAUUUUACUUGUUUAAAAAGUAAAUUAAUAAGUAAUAGAUAUAAUUUUAUAACUUAUACUUAAAGAGGGAAGACAAAAGAGAUUUUUAAAAGUAUUUUAAUCAUUAAUGAUUUAUCAACAAAGUUAUAUUUUUGAUAAUUAAAUUUUAAUAUAAAAUAGUCUAUUGCCAAUAGAAUUUGGAGAAAAAGAUAUUAAAAUAUUGUAUUGUGAUGGAUCAAGAAACACUGAUUUAAAAUUAUUUUUAGAUGAUCCUAUUUAAGAACCUGAUUUAAAAUUUGUUGAUAAACUUAGAGAAAUAGAUUAUAGAGAUACAUUUCGAGAUGAACCAUUUUAUUAUCAUGCAUAAUUAUUAGAUAUUCUAAUAUAAACUACUUUAAAUAAUGUAGAAAAAAGAAAAUAUAAUUCAAAUACAAAGGAAGAAGAUGUUAAAAAGAAUUUUAACAUAAGUGUAAGUAAAUUAAAAAGAUUAUUUACAGCAGCUUAUCUUCUUGAAAUAUUAUGUUCUAGUGAUGCAUUUGUAAAAAUGCCUAUAACAACGAAAUCUCAAAUUUAAUAUUUAGAUAGUAAUGAAAAAAUGAAAGGAAUUACAUUAAUUAAAUUAUAAGUAAUUGAAUUUUUAAGAUUGGUUCAUAUUUCAUCUGAAAGAGGACAAGUAUAACAUUCUUAAUUAUUUCAUUGUCGAUAAUAAAUCAUAGAUUUUAUAACUUUUGAAAUUAACAGACUUGAUAAGAUUACUGAUUUAUAAUUAUUCACUCAAGAUUUAAAAACUUAUCAUAUUUAUGGAUUAUUUCCAUUUGUUUUGGCUUAUCAUGAUAGAUUCUUAAAAAAUAUUGAGAAAUAAGAUUUAAGAAAAGAUUUAUAGAUAAUUGAAAAAUAUAUAUAAGAAUGGUUAAAGAAAGUAAAAAUAUUAACAUCAGAAUCAAAUAUUCUUUAUCCAAUAAUAACAACUAGUGAAGAUGCAAAAUUGGUAGUUAGGUGUUUAUAAACAUUUUGUAAAAACUUUUAUGAAAAAACAGUAAGUUAAAAAGAUGAUCCCCUUUGGAAUUAAGUAAAGAUUAAAUUAGACUCUUUAAUAGAUGUAGAUUAAGAAGAAAAUAAAGUUGAUUUAGAUAAUAAUGAUAAUACUCUUAAUCCGAAACCUGUAAUUGAAAUAAUUGGAGGAGGAUAUCAUUCAAAAAAAAGCAGUUUAACAUCAAAAUAAUUUAGUAAUCCUGAUGAGUAACUUGUGCAAAAGUCAAGUAAAAAAUAUUUGCCAAAUAAAAAGAAAGUACAUGUAUUUGCAGAGAAAGAGAAAGAAAAAGAUGAAAGUGAAGAAAAUUUAUUAGAAGGUUAUGAUUCUAAAAAAUCUAAUAAGGUUGAAAAAUUGUGGAAAUAAUUUUUAAAAGAAUUAUUAAAUAAAGAUUAAUUUAUAAAAGAAGCUGAAAAAGAAAGAGAAACUAUUGCUAAUGCCAUUUUAAAUAUAUCUAGUUUAUUAAAACCAGAAUUUAGUAAGAAUUUAACUAAUAAACCUGAUGUUAAAAGCAUAUCUAGAAAAUUAAUAUCUUAUCUCUAAUCUGCUUUUUCAGAUCCUAAUUGUAAAGGAUCUAUAUAAACAUUAUUACAUAUUUUAAAAAAAAUUAUUGAUACUGAUCCAGCAAGAAAAGUAGAAAUGCAAAGUUUAUUUGAUAAAUUAGGAGCUACUUAAAUGGUUUUAUUAGUUUUAAGUGAAAAUAAUUAAGAUAAGAAAUUAAUGAUGGUAAUUAUAUUUAUUAUAUUAAAAAUAGUCAUUUCUUUAAUUUAUUAAUACAUUAUUAGAUGGAGGAAAUGAACAAGUAUAAGGAACUAUAUAUAGUUUUAUGAUAAAUUUCAGUUAAUCUGAAAAUAUUUUCUAAAAAAUAUAUUUUAUAAUCAGAAAACAAAUUGAAAAUUUAGAAAUCUUAUCUAAAUCUAAAGGGGGAUCGGAAGAUGAAUCUGCAGGUUUAUUAUAAAUAGAUUAUAAUGAAUUUUAAGAAGAUUUAAGUUUAGUUUUAGAAGUGUUGACAUUCUUAUAAAAUGCUGUUGAAGGUCAUUAUAGAAAGCUUUAAAACUAUUUUAGAGAAUAAACUAAUUCUAAAAAUAAUUAUGAUUUAACUAAUGCAAUUACUGAUCUAUUUAAAACUUAUUAUUAUGAUGGUAGAAUUUAAAAAAAUUAUGAUAAUAUGUUAAAAUGUUUGGAUACUUUAAAUGAAUUAGUUUAAGGACCUUGUUCAGAUAAUUAGAAAGCUAUUUCUGAAUCUAAAUUUUUGGAUAUUGCAGCUGAUUUAUUUGCCUAAUAAGAAAUCUUAUCUCCACCUGAUGAAAUUGAAUAAAUUGGAAAAAGAAAAUCUCUUUUGAAUUAACCAUUACAAAGAUGGCAAAUUUGUAGAUUAAUGAAUAAAAUAUUAAAUUUAAUUAUGAGUCUAUUAGAAGGAAGUGAGAUAAAUUAAAAUAAUCCUAUUUUAAAAAGAAUUAUGAGAAAUUUACCAAUUAAUUUAUUGGAAAAACAUUGUGUAAAUGAAUAUAAUAAAUUUGUAAAAAUUUAUGGUGAUAAAUAUGAAAUUGAAGCACUAGAGCAUUUAUCAAUUGAUCCAUAUUAAUUAAGAAAAAUGAAAGAAAGUAAAUAUGAUAGAAUAAAAUAACUAUCUUAAUAGUUUCCUUAUUUUGAAACUAUAUUAUAAAAUGGAUUUUUAUUAUUUUUCUUAAUGAGUUAUUAUAUGGAAUGUGAUCCUUAUAUUGUAAGUCCAAUAAUAAAAAUUACAAGAAUGCAUAAAAGAAAGAUAUUAAAAACACAAACAAGUAACGAAGUUUGGUAAAUAUUUAAGGAUUCUUUUAUAUAUAUGUUAAUACAAUUUACGAUUGCUUUGAUUAGAAAUUUAUUUGGAACUUUAAAUUCAAUGAAAAAUUUAGCAACAGAUUAGUUUAAAAAUAAUUAAAUCUAACCAGAUAUGUCUGAAGAGGAGAAAUAAAGAAUAAAAGAGGAAUAAUAUAGACAAGAUUUACAGUUAGCUAUAAACUUUUAUUUAGAGAAUAGCGCACAUAUAGAUGUUAUGCAUGAUGAUAAUCUUGAAGUUGUUUAUUUUAUAAAAUUGCCAUCAACAAAAUAUUUGCCUAAAGAAUAGAAGAUUCUAUUUCAUGAUCAGGUAGAUAGAAGUACUACAUAAUCUAAAGUUUAAGGAUUAAUGUAAGUAGCUCCUACAUUAAUUGAAGUUUGUAAACAUGAAGAAUAUUUAAAGAGAUUAUUUGAUAGAUAAAAAUAUUUAGCUUUACUUACUGAUUAUGUGAAAUUAUGGAGAGAAUUAGCAUUCUUCUUAACUUUAUUUUUAAAUUUAUUUAUACUUUUUAGUUUUGAUGGAUCAGUUGGAGAUAGAGUUUAAGAUUACAUUUUUUUUAGUUAAUAUGAAAAUUUUAAUCCUAUGGUUACUAAGACUAUCAUUUAUAUUAUUGGUAUUGUUAUGACUGGUUUAUCAUUAUUUGUUGUUUCGUUUUAUUUACUAAAAAAUGCUCCUUUAAUUCUAAAAAGAGCUUGGCUAUAAAAAGGGUUAUUUGAUAAUCAAGAUCCAAAUCCUUUAUUUAUUUUAAUAGAUAUGUUUUAUAAAUUCAUUUAAACUAUUUUAAGUUUUCUACAAGAAGUAGAAGUUAUGUAUUACAUUGCUUAUGGUUUAUUUGCAAUUUUAGGAACCUUCUAUCACCCUUUAUUUUUUAUAUUUCAUUUAACUGAAAUUCUAUUCAGAUAUCCAACACUUAAAAAUAUUAUUUUAUCAGUAUACAGACCUAGAACCUAAUUAAUUUUGACAUUUUUCUUACUUUUUUUAUUGGUUUAUGUAUUUACAAUUUUUGCAUAUUGGAGAUUAUCGAAUGAGUUUGCAGGAUAUUGUGAUACUUUAUUAUAUUGUUUUAUGAUGAAUAUAGAAUGGACUUUUAGAGGUUCAAUAGGAGAUUAUGUUUAGUAAGAACUAGAUAUAAAUAAUGUUGCAAGAGAAUUAGGUGUUGGUAGGUUUUUCUUUGAUGAAGUCAGCAAUAUUAUUUUAGGUGUAAUUAUGCUUAAUAUAGUGGCUGGUAUUAUUAUUGAUACAUUCGGAAGUUUAAGAGAAGAAGAAGGUAAUAAAUUAAAUGAUAUGGUUGACAAUUGUUUUGUAUGUGGAAACUUAAAGUAUUAUUAUUAUAGUUAAUAAUUAUUAGAGCUGAAUUUGAUCGAUUACAAUCAAAAAGUAAUGGAGGUUUUAGAGAACAUAUUAAAAUGAAUCAUUAUAUGUGGAAUUAUGUUCAUUUCUUUGCUUAUUUAAAAUGGAAAGAGAAAACUGAAUAUUCAGGAAUUGAAAGUUAUGUUGAUCAAAAAUUGAAAGAAGAAGAUCUUUGUUGGGUUCCUUUUAAUUAAGCUAGAGAAUUGGUCGAUUUAGAUAGCAAUAAAGGUAUUAAAGAGAAAGAACUCAUAUAAAAAAUAGAGGAAAAAGUAAUUAAUAUUUAUAAUUUAGAUUGUCUUUGUUUAAGAAUAAAUUAUUGAUAUGGGAAAACUAAUGAAAGUUGAGUUUAAGAAAAAUAAUUGA